GACCAAGAUACUUUCGACCCAGCUGAGCUGGCCCAGAUCACAUCAAGGCUUUCUGCGCAUCUUUGACCACUUAUCUACGUGAAUCGAGCACAGAGCGGACGCCGAGAUGACGUCGCUCCUCAAGUCCAUUCUGAGCCACAACAGCGGUGGGGUGCACAAGAGUCCUAGCUUCUCGGACUUGAGCAUGGGAGCUUCCAGUGACGCCGAAGAGGAGUUCGGCAAGGAGCACCCUGAAACACCCAAGACACCCAAGGAAACAGUCAUGGGCUCAUCUCCGACUCGCACCAACAUCUGGCAGGGGACAUUCAACCCACGGAUGAACACGUCAGCCAACUACAAGAAUAUGGGGAACCAGUACUACGAUCACGUCCCCGACAAGACGGGCGAGUACUCGGUUUGGGAUCAUGUGGUGAAGGGGGAGAGGAUGAAGAUUUUCCACAACUUUGACAAAGACAAUGAUGGGUUCCUUGACGCACAUGACCUGCAGCAGAGCUUUGGCAACACAGCGGAUGUCAAGCAGAUGAUUGCUGCUGCUGACAAGAAUGGGGACGGCAAGAUCGACUAUGCCGAGUUCUGCGAGCUCUUGCGCAACUCCUAGGCGCCAGCACGCGCUCAGAAUGGUGGCCCAGUGAAAGCAGGCAAAUGAAUGUUGAGAGAUUGAUCCCGACUGCACAUCUGGCAGAUAUUCACCACAUUCCUGGCCCGCAAGCCUGGUCGGAAUAGCCAUUUGUGUGCACAGAGGAUGUGCUUUUUUGGAUGAUGCCUGCAACGUUGCAUAGCUGCAAGUUAGUCUGUGAGACGUCUCACUGCAAGACAUGACUAGACUGCUCUCUGGUCUGCUCGUGUGCCAGUGCUGGGAUGGCCUUAAUCACUUCCAACAACUGUAGAAUUAUGAACCAUGUGCCAUUAUUUCCAGAUCCAGGGAGACUUUGUUCGUUGCAGUAAGACUACGGAUGCUUGUUGAUGAUUUAUGUAUGUCACGUAUGGCAGGGUUGGACUCGGAGUACUAGUAGUUGGUAGAGUGAGUAUGCAAAGCGUACUGUGAAAGUACAUUGUGCUUCCAGACGACUUCAAUUUACAAUGGAUUGCCAAUGCAGUGUACAGUGUGAAAUGAUUGCAAGUCCAAACCAUCUGGGUCCAUCUUUUUAAGGAAUCCUUUAUUGGACCCCUCAGUGGGGAUAGUCUAGACGUCUACGUCUCAUCAACAUUCCAAAAUUGUAAUUUGGAAGAUCUUCU